ACAUUUCAAUUUUUCCUUUAGUUAAGUUUUUCCCCAUAAUUUUUAGGUCAAUAUUUUAUUUGAUUUCAAUGAACAGAGACGUUUUCAAAGUUUUAAUUUUAGUAAACUAAAAUAACCCCGAGAAACAGAUAGGGUAACGGAAGUCUAUUUGAACUAUAAACAGAGAUUGUCUUUGCAAUAUCUAAUCACAUAUUUAAAAACUACAAUACUAAUUUCUCAUUGUUGAAAGUGAUAAUUAAACUUACAUUUAUUUAUACAAAACUAUGCUUCAAUGGGCGUUUAGGUCGCCAUUUAAUUUUUUCGAGCUUGAGCCUUCUCGACCAAUCACGUUCUUCGCAUGUUGUUAUGGAAAUGACAGGUCUCUGUCACUGGUUAAACACACACACGCACACAUGCAGGUUUGUAUUGCUAAACUAGUGGGGACAUUCCAUAGACUUUCAUUUUCCAUAUCCACUUCCAUAUCUUAUAUCAGUCUUGUGAUAUAUUGUAUCCCCUAACCCUACCCCUAAACCCAAUAAUCACACAAACAUGUGCAAGACAUUAGAUUUAAAGAAAAACACUAUUUGACCGAAUUAUGAGCCUUUUUAUUUAGUGACGACCAGUAAAAUGUCCUCAAAAGUGGGUUGGACACACGCACACGCGCACGCGCACGCGCACACGCACACACAGACACAGACACGCACACACACUAUUCUCCAUCAUGAUCAUUUCCGACUUUAUUGUUUUCUUUGCAGGUGGGGCAGACGUGGUUUUGUAGAUAAUUUUUGUGGUGCUCUGGCUUCAGUUCCGAGAUCAACCCGGUGCUCACACCUGACACAACUGAAUCUGGCUUCCAAUAAACUAGGACACUCAGGUGUAUAUCUGCUCUGUACUUCACUGGAGAAUUCACAAAAUAAACUAGAAAUACUCAGGUUACAUCGCUGUGGUAUUACAAACCAAGGUUGUGCUGCUCUAGCUUUAGCUUUGAAAUCAAACACCUCACACCUGAGAGAAUUGGGUCUGUCACACAAUGUGCUUGGAGAUUCAGGAGUAAGCCAGCUCUGUGCUGGAUUGGAGAAUACAAACUGUAUACUGGAGAUACUGAGUUUGAGAGAAUGUUGUAUUACAGAUGAAAGCUGUGCUGCUCUGGGUUCAGCUCUGAAAUUCAACCCCUCACACCUGACAGAACUGGAUCUGUCAGGCAAUAGAAUAGCAAUGCCUGGAAAGAAUUUACUCGAUGAACUAAAGGAUAGUCCAGAUUAUAAACUGGACAGAGUAAUUAUGCUUGGUCAACGGAUGUCACGACGUAUAGUUUCCCGAUCACUGACAAACCCAUGUUUCGUCUCUCCAUCCAUUAUACCACCGUGGGCACCUUCAUCAAUUCACUGGGAUUGCCUUUCUGGCUAAACCAUUAACAAUAUAUGUAGUAUAAUUAAGGGGAGGGGAGGGGAAACCAUCAAGUAAAAAGAACACUGCGUGCAUUGUCAUGUCUCUUCCUAACAUUUUACUUAUCUCACUUUUAAUUCCGUGCCAAUACACCUGUAUUUUGGGACAUUCCCAGAAUAAGUGAGCAUAGUCCCCUAUCUCGCCAUUUUGAUAGUGGUGAAGAACUAUGAAAUUUAGCAACCACCAAUGGAACCCUGAAAUAUCUCAUUUUCAUUUGUAAUGUUUUUAUAUUUUAUUGUGAUUUUAAGUUGUAUUCGUGCAAAAUGUGAUUUUUUUCUGAACUGUUAAUACCAACAGUUUUAGAUGAUAUACCAUACUUGUCUGUAGCAGCUGGCAUUGAUACUAGAAAGGUAUCAGACUCAACAGACAGCUUUGAUGGCAAUGUAACAAAAUAGCUGAGAAGUAAUCCUCAAGGUCUUGUCUGUGGCAUUUCUUUAUAAACGGCAUAAAUGUAAAUGUGUAUAAUGAAGUAAUGAUUCAGUUCAAUUACAAGUUUAUUUGUUUAGCGCUUUUCAUAGUUUACACUGUUGCAACGCAGCUUUACAGAAGACACAAUGUAGAAUAUACAUGAAACAAAAAAUAAAUUUUAAAUAGUUAAUUAAGAGCAUUCAUCCUCUGAAGUCUUGCAUUGGCUGGUGUCGUCUUUCUAUAGGAGGCUGGAUCCGCGGACCCAUCCCUGCAGGAGAAGCAUGCAUGUGAACCUUGAAUAAAGAUCACAAAUGUUUGAUUUGAAAGUGUUGAGAUGUCUCACCUGUACGCUAACAUCUGUGCUUUCGAGUAUGUCACAUGUCCUCGUUUUCAUGGAGAUCAUGAGCGCAUUGUUGCUGAAACACUGAUUCACCCAAUCGACAAAACCGCCCAGUAUCAUUAAAGCUGAGAAAAAAGUUGAGCUGUGAGAUGCGGGAUGAAGAGAUUUACUCAAUGUUCUGAUACAGAUGGCUUUUUAGCUUUCAGCAGUACGGCUCGCAUCUUACAUAGCGUUAUUUGUGAAAAUGUUAAAUCGCAUCCACAAAGCACAAACAAUUUGACAUUCACACUCUCAUUGUUUUGACUAGAAGGGAUACAGUUACCUCCACUGGGCAUGCGCUAUUCAAUACCACAUCAUUUUUGUCAUGCUGAAAACAGUUUAUUAAUUGUUUUUUUAUUAUUAUAAGGUUCGGUUUAGGGUUGGGGUAGUGUAGGCAUUAGCUAAUGUAAUUUAUUGUAAUUAUAUGGCGAGAUUUUGCACCACUUCCGGCCGUAGCUGUAUCCUUUCUAGCAACAACCCGCUCUCAUGCGCUUCCCGAAAUUACGUCACACCCAACAUAAUGUUCCUAUUGGAUCCUAUGGUUUAAAAUUUGACAUGUGCACUCACUGUGGAAAUUGAUCAAAUACGAUUUGUCUGUUUUUAAUGAUUUUUCAUAUUUUUUUGGACACAAAGGGGACAACAGUUAAAUACAUCGUCUAAAUAAGCAUACAGUUACAAGCAUGAAUGAAUAUGUUUUCGAAGGAAGAGAUGUUUUUAGCAGAUUUCAUAGCGGUCACAGACAAUAUUCCAGUUUUAAAACUUUAUGCAAAAUAAGUUCAAGGUGCCAUUUAUUAUUUUAGGGCCAAAAAUUACUUACUACAUGUGCGUUGACUAGGAUUUGUUUUCUAUUCAUUUUACUCUGUGCAUGUUUAUGCUUAGUGUACCCAACAAGUUUUACAAAAAAUAACGUUUGGGUUUUAUGGGGUAACUGUAAUAAAUUGACUGACACAUUUUUUAUUAAUAUAAUUAUUAUUUUUAUUGUAGCCUUUAUAAUCAGUUUUGUUUUUGUUAGGG